GGAAACACAAGCUCCCUUUUUGAGAGGAGAGAGCAAGAUAUGAAGUUCCCAGUAAACAAAAUUAGUAGAGCAUACUCCUGAUGAUUAAAGUAAAUGGCAGAACUACAGGCUGAAUGCCAAUUGGGAGUGGACGGCCAUGAGCUCCUCCUCGGCCAGCUGGAUCUUGAGCAUCAGCUGUUGGAUCUCAGCCACACAUCCGUACACCGGGUACUUGGCACGCGCGUUGGCCUCCUCUAUGAUGGACUUCAUCGCCACCCCUCUCAGGUUAGGAUCUAUCUGCUUGAGUAGUUUGGUAAUGUUGCUCACCCCAAAGAGCCGGUGCGCGUUGUGGAACAUGUCCGGCUGGUCCGCCGGAAAAUACGGCGCCAGCGGGCAGUCCGACUUGCACCGCCGCCUCUGGGAAAAGACUGAGUAAAAAGAGAGGAGUGAGAGGAGCGAAAAUGGUGGGGAUGGUUCAGCUUUAAGUGGACGACUGUUGGGGACAUCGUACAUAACUACACAUGUUAAUCUCUUGAUUAUUUGUUUAUUUCAUUUAUUUGUUUUUCGUUUUUAGUAUCUGGGUUAGUUUAAUUUCCUAAUUUUUCUAUUUACUUAUUAUUAUUAUUAUUAUUACUCUUUUUUUUCAUAUUUUUUUUCCACUUGGCCGAGAAUAAGUAGGAGUGUUCCUAAAUGUAAGGGCUGCAAGAGGUCUAUAACAGCAUAACUAAUAAAGCUGUUAUUAUAAU